AAUGGCGAGAAACGCGAUCUUCCUCAUUUAGAAACUACGUGACAACCGUCUGCACCUGACACAUUAAGGAAGGAUUUCUUUCCACAGUGAAUAAUGUCAUCAGAAAACUUUUCAGAGUUGGAGAUGGAGCUUGGAGAAUUGCUACAAGAAUUUCAUUGCGUAAUGGAAGAGUUCAGGGUACCAUCGCAGAGUAAUCCCCACGUGUACGAGGACCACCUGAAACAGGCGAAACAACGCAACGAGAUGAGCGAUGGCGUAAGCGACAGCGGGAUCGAAGACUCGGACUACAGCAGGGAUCAGUCACUUGGAAGUAGCCUGAACACCAGCGAGGAAGAGCUUAACACUGCAGGCAUGACAAUGGCUCCGAAAGGUAUCGCUCGCUACAGAAUGUCACUGAAGAUUAGUAUCUCCUCUACACAACAAACACCUCCAGAGUUUUCAAACACACAAAGUUAGAAACGAUUUCAACCCAGGGCUCUUUCACCAGAGACGGCUACCUCUAAUCUUACACAUUCCAGUGGUGGUUCAGUGUAGGAACCAGUAUUUAGGGUCUGUAGGACACCUUUGAAAGUGUCACUUUGAGACAGACAGUCUUGUAAAAUAGUGUUCCCUCAACCAACCAUCUUUUAUAAGUUGUUGUUGGUUUUUUUUUUUUUUUCCACCACCCCACUGCCCAAAUGAACAAUAAACAAAGAAAGAAACAUACAUACACCAGUAAUGAUGAAACUAUUCAUUAUAGACAUAAUCCAGGGUUUAUGUCAAAGCGAACAUAGGAGCCACAGAAAUCACCAGUUCCCUAAUAUACUUCCCAAAUAUUGAAUUACAUUUGAAACUCAUUUGAAUAAACCUUAUAUAAAAUGGAAAGUACAAUAUAUUACUAAAUCUGGGCAAAACUACUCUUGUGGAAUGUGAGGGCUGGUGGGAUUAUGGGAUAGUGUUGAAAUGGCAAAAAUAAAGUGGGGAGAGUAAGAGUAUUUUCUAGCAUGGAAGAAGCGGUUUUGAAUUUCUCUCCUUAUGUAAUUCUGGCAGUGACCUAGCUAAUGUUCCUUCCACUUGGAAUAUUCCAAAGGAAAUGCCUCUGCACUUACUGCUGUGGGUUUUGCACAGGCCGUAGCAUUCCAUUCUUCUCACAUUCUUUCCUUCCAUUCUUUUC